CCAAACCCGAACAAGCGUGUGUCAACAAUCUAAACUAACAACUCUUUUUCAGUAACUUUUUAUAAUAUUCAACACAAAACACAAAACUGAAGUAUCUGGUCAAUGCGGACUCAUCUCUGCGACCAACCAAUUUAGCUGUAGCGAUUAAUAUCAAAAGAAAAAAAAGCAUGGGAAAAGUCGCAAAAGUGAAGUUUUAAUAUUCCUCUCACAAAUCAGUCAAAAAAUAACAACAAUUGGCUUAUGGCAUAACACAUAGUAGGCAGUGCACUCAGCUGGUUUCUUGCAGAAAAGCCAAGCAACAAUAUUACGCCCCUAAAGCUGGUCAGCAGCAAGUGGGUCGUGAGUGCAGUGGUGGGUGGGUGGGUGAGGUGUGGUUGUGUCCCCAAGGAGUGUUAUCUACUUGCGUAGGCUCUCUCUGAUGCCUGCUGCGAUAAGACCCGGACCUGGAGCCGGAGCCGUAAGCAGGCUGAUCAACCCAUCCCGGAACCGCCAUGGGCUGCAUCACCAGCACCAACAAGCUGAAUGAGCUGCGUCACGACAACGUCUUUCGCGUGCGGGUGGCGCACCUGCAGCCCAGUCCCGGUACGCCCAUCAUCCGCAGCGGUUACCUCGAACUGACGCCGCGUGAAUUGAUCUUCCUGACGCCCGGUUGCGAACCGAUUGUGUGGGCCCUGCAGCACCUACGUCGCUACGGCCUUAAUGCGGACCUCUUCUCCUUCGAGGCUGGGCGCCGCUGCAUGUCCGGGCCAGGCAUAUACACGUUUCGUGUGCACAAUGCCGACCAGCUUUAUCCGAUGUUCCAGCGCUACAUCAAUGCGGUCAACACGGACGCCUUUGCCCAAGGGGAACGCGAGAGAAUGAACUCGGCCCACUCGGUGUCCGUGCUGAUGGGGCGCACGGAUGCGAAUCCACACGGCAACAACUAUUUGGAGCCAGCACCGAUAAUCGGCCGGAACCUGGGAAGCUCGCUGCCAGAAUCCGCCAAUGCCAAUGCCUCCUUCCAGAUGACAAUGCAGGUGCCGACUGAGACCACAGCACAGCUGGAGGAUUCUCAAAGUCUGCACUCGCCCGUGCUGCCCUUCACGACAUACGCGAAUGCCCAGACCAAUGUUUAUCUCGACCAGCCACUGAGGGCUAUACCAGAUUGCUGCAAAGAUGGAGGAGCCACCUCGGGUGACUUGCCCGCCAGCAAGGACACGCCGCCCAGCAGGCUGAGCAUGCGCCGCCGCACCUUGGAUAUGCCACCUCUAGAGACGGCGCCACCACCAGCUCCUGUCACUCCCAUUGAAGGUUUGCACAUGUAUGCCAAUGUGGAGACGCCCGUCUUCGACCUAAGCGCAGAGCGUUGCUAUGAGAAUGUGAACCGCUUGGAGCUGCCGCUGCCGCCCCGUGAGGUUAGCCGCGAGUCCUCGGAGCCUGCCACGCCCACCAGUCUGGCGGGCACCUUUAGUGGCGUGAACUAUAUAGUCCUAGAUCUGGAUCAGCCGCGCAGCCCCAUCAGCCAGUGCUCACCCAGGUUGUAUAAUGGCUUUGGCAGCGGUCUCUCGCUGGUCACUGUGACUACUGCCGAAUCUUUGGCACAGGCCAAAACAGCACCAGUUACGCCCGAGGCGAGCUCCGUGCUGGAUGUGCCAAUGCCUCCACCACAGUCCCAUAGCCUGAACAGCGUGUCCAGUGCAGCGGCUCCCACGGAUAUGGUAGACACUUCCGCGAGCAAGCAGACAACCAAAGCAGCUGUGGAAUCAUCCACGACGCAGGGCUACUCCACGAUUGACUUUAUUCGCACCUAUGCGCUAAACAAGUCAUCGACGGAGUUGCCGGAGCUGCGCCGUCAUCCGCCGCACGAGGCCGAGGAGUUGAGGAUAACGCGGCACAGCAAAUGCAUCCGGAAAGCGUACUCGAUCAGCGAAUGAGCAGCAGGAAAGGCAGGCACGGGCACAACGAAUUUUAUCAAAGCCAAGCCAAAGGGGAAAAGGGAGGGAUUUGUUUCUUCCUGAGCAGGCACUACCCCAAAGUAUAUUAAAUAAACGGUAAAGGGUGAGGAUGAGGGGGAGGGUGGUGUCCCACUCUCUCAUUAUAUUUAAUGUACUUGGACCCAAAUGGUAACCAGGAGGUUGUUUCAGUCACACACAUGACUAGCAUACGUACUUAAAAUGUAUUUACAUAGUGGUAUUUAGACAUAACGGGCUGUUUAGAGCUAGUCAUUUGGAUAUUUUAUGCAAAUUAAUCGUAGACAAAAUAUGACAGAAAGGCUUUUAACAUUUAAUUUGUAUGUGUAUAUUGUAUAUUGUACAUUUGUAAGGUUGUAGUUUUUAAGAACACGAAAGAAUUGUGGAAUUUAGGGGAUGCUUUUGUAGAUUUCAAUUUUGUUGCAAAAUAACACAAAAACAAAGCAAAAAAAACAAACAAAGCAUCACCGCAUUGCAUUGUAAGCUGUGAGUUUCUAAUUUUUAUAAUUAUAUCGCUAAAUUGUUAUCCAAGUUGUUAGGUAUUAUACACACAUAAGGUUUUUGCAGUUGCAUACAACAUCCAUACAUCAAAUAUUAUUAUUGUUAGUGUCUAAGACGAAUUUGUGCAAUAAAACGAAAAGGAACUUGUAAA